GGCAAGAAAUCUCUCAGCAGGAAGACAGGCAGGCAGCGGCGGCUUAUCUGUUCCAAUUCUUUCUCCCAACCAAUUGCUCGAGGGCCCUGGAGGCAUCCGCUGCCUGACCAUCCGACUCAUGAAGCAUCAGGCCCAGAGCCCAACGCUUUUUGGACGAUAAGAGCGUGGUUGAGUCGUGUCUCCUCACUUGCGACGCUGUGCUCCGCCUAAAGCCACUGGGCACGGACGGCCCUGGAGACCAGCGCUAGCGCUACCCCAAACCGGCUCCUGAUUGGGGCUUUCUAACUGGGUCGGCUGCAUAGUCCCCCUGGCUACGGGGUGCUUUCAGGCGGUCGACAUCAUCCACGCCGACCGCGGCCCGCCACACGUCUUCCUAGACUCUGACGGAACAACGGCCUGACGCGCUCACCAAUUCCGACAGCUCGAGCCAUCGCGCCUGUCGGCAUUCAUCCGCAAAGAUGCCGCCAAGACGAUUCCAUGCGCUCGCGCUAGGCGCAGCCUCGCUAUUGUUGCUGCCGUCGCUGGCGUCUGCCUCAGCCAACUUCACUUCUUACGACUCGAUGCGGGCGCAGCUUGCGCUGAUGGACGACCGGCCCAAGGACUGCCCGCCAUGCUUCAACUGCCUCUUGCCGGCAUACACUUGCGGCCAGUAUGGACAAUGCAACGAAUACGAUGGCACCUGUCGGUGUCCCGAGGGCUACAGUGGCCUGGACUGCAUGGAGCCUCUCUGCGGCUCCCUUGCGCGCGGCAAAGACCGCCCCAUGCGCAGCGGUGACACCUGCUCCUGCGACGAGGGGUGGACGGGCAUCAACUGCAAUGUCUGCACCGAGAACAAGGCCUGCAAUGCGCUGAUGGAGGAGGGCGAAGGUGGCGUCUGCUACCAGAUGGGCGACGUCGUCAACCGUAACUACCAGAUGUGCGACGUGACCAACAAACCGAUCCUUGACAUGCUGGGUGGCCGCAAGCCCCAGGUCACCUUCGACUGCGACCAAUCCACAGGCAUUUGUGACUUCCAGUUCUGGAUCGAUCAGAAGGAAUCCUUCUACUGCAACCUUGAGCAGUGCCAGUCCACGGCCGAAUUCGACGAGGCCCGCAAUAACACCGCAUAUGACUGCAACAAGAUCAAGUGCAGCUGCAUCCCCGGCCGUUUCCUCUGUGGUGAAGAUGGGUCGGUUGACAUUGGAGAGUUCCUUGACCAGGAGAUCAAAGGCCCGGCCACCUUCAAGUGCCUUCAGAAAUCCGGCGGCAUCAACAACUGCGAUUUCGACGAGGCUGCCAUGAACGAGCUGAUCAAAUCCAUCUUUGGCGACAAGACCAUAACGCUCUCCUGCCGGUCGGGCGAGUGCAUGUACCACACUCAAGUUCCCGGCUACCAGCGUCCUGUGCCAAAGAUCAACACGCCACUUAUCGCCGGCGUCAUUGCCAUAUGCUCCUUGUUCCUCGCCGCCGCGAUUCUGGCCAUCUGGUAUCUCUCGCGCCGCCAGUUCAGACAUGGCCCCAUUCACCUGGAUGAUUCCGACGACGAGGCCCUCAAGCUCAUGACGGACCACAAGCCUGCGUCCCUCUACUUCCAAAACGUGGCAUACGGCCUGAAUGGCAGACAGAUCCUCUCGGGCAUACAGGGAAUGGCCCAUCCCGGCGAGAUCAUGGCUAUCAUGGGUGCUUCCGGUGCCGGAAAGACUACCUUCCUGGAUAUACUCGCUCGCAAGAACAAGCGCGGCCUUGUGGGCGGAGACUUCUACGUCAACGGCGAGAAGGUCGACGAUACCGACUACAAGAAUGUCAUCGGCUUUGUGGACCAGGAGGACACCAUGUUGCCCACCCUCACUGUGCACGAGACCAUUCUGAACAGUGCCCUCCUCCGGCUGCCGCGUGAGAUGAGCCGCUCCGCCAAGGAGCAGAGGGUGCACGAGGUCGAGAAGCAAUUGGGAAUCUACCACAUCCGAGAUUCGCUCAUCGGCUCCGAGGAAGGCAAAGGGCGCGGCGUAUCGGGCGGAGAGAAGAGGCGAGUUGGUAUCGCUUGUGAACUUGUUACGAGCCCCUCGAUCCUCUUCCUCGACGAGCCUACCAGCGGUCUCGACGCCUACAACGCCUACAAUGUCAUCGAGUGCCUCGUGACCCUGGCCAAGACGUACAAGCGCACCGUUAUCUUCACCAUCCACCAGCCCAGGUCCAACAUUGUCGCCCUCUUCGACCGCCUUGUCUUGCUUGCACAGGGAAAGACUGUGUACUCUGGACCCUUCCAUCAGUGCCAGGACUACUUUGACCAGAUCGGCUACGCCUGCCCACCGGGCUUUAACAUCGCCGACUACCUGGUUGACCUGACUAUGCACGCUGGAUCCACCACAUCCUUCGACGACGGUUCCCUCUCGGCAGAUGCCGGCAGUGUCGGCCCCAGUAGCACUCGUGCCGUCAAGUCCAUUGCGAGCAUAUCUGGAGGUAGCGUCAACGAUGACAGUGGCGCCGAGGCCUCGUCAUCAACGAGGCCCAAAGGCAAACGGCGGGACUCGGUCAAGACACGCCAGGAGAGGGAGCUCUUCACGCGACGCAAGAACACGGUUGAUACCGCUGCGUCCUCUGAUGCCGGCGAGGAGAUCGGCGCGUACCGUCUCCACAAGCACCCCCAGACGCUUUCCUCGCCUCUCGCGGCCGACGAUCUGCAUGACCUUCCACCAGCGGCUAUGGGCGGCACGGAUUUGGACGUCCUCGUCGGCUCUUUCGUGCAGUCGGACAUCGCUGGGACUACACACGAUGAGAUUCAACAGGCUAUCGCCGGGGCAGAGAGCGCAAACGGCCGACACUCAUCAGGAUACAACCCGGACGGGCCCAACAUCAACGUCGGCGUCAUGGGUCGCGGGUACGCCCGUAUCAGCUAUGCCCGCCAGUUCAUCAUUCUGUCCCAGCGCACAUGGAAGAACCUCUACCGCAACCCGAUGCUGAUGUUGAUGCACUACGCCAUGGCCAUUGUGCUCGGUGUCCUGUCUGGCUUCCUUUUCUAUGGCCUGACCAGCGACAUUCCUGGAUUCCAGAACAGGCUCGGCCUGUUUUUCUUUGUUCUGGCUCUCUUCGGGUUCAGUACGCUCACCAGUCUGGGCGUCUUCUCUGCCGAGCGGCUCUUGUUUGUCAGGGAGAGGGCCAACGGUUACUACUCACCCGUGACCUACUUCGCCGCCAAGAUCAUCUUCGACAUUGUGCCCCUCCGCAUCAUCCCUCCCAUCCUCAUGGGCUCCAUCAUCUACCCCAUGACCGGCCUCGUGCCAGAUGCGCCCCACUACUUCACCUUUAUCCUCGUCCUGGUUCUGUUCAACUUUGCCUCGGCUGGCAUCUGCCUCUUCAUUGGCAUUGUUUGCAGAGACCCCGGCGUUGCGAACCUGCUCGGUAGCCUUGUCAUGCUCUUCAGUCUUCUGUUCGCUGGUCUUCUCCUGAACCAGAACGCCAUUCCAGAUGCCGCAAAGUGGCUGCAGUCGCUCUCGAUCUUCCACUACGCGUUCGAGUCGCUCAUCGUCAAUGAAGUUAGCCACUUGACUCUCAUUGACAAGAAAUAUGGCCUUGAUAUUACCGUGCCGGGGGCCGCUAUUCUGAGCUCCUUCGGAUUCGACAACGGCGCCUUGUGGGCCGACGUCAUCAACCUAGGUGUUUUCGGUGUCAUCUUCAUCAUUCUGGCUUAUGCCGCCAUGCACUUCCUCCUUGUUGAGAGGCGGUGAGUGGUGCCGCAACAGCCGAGCCUCGUUUGGUGUUAUUACAAUGCAACAUAACUGGGCCUAGGUAGAGGAAACCUGGGCUAUUCAUGUAUCUCAUUUUGCUCUUUGUCUCCUACUUUUGUAUCUCGUGCAUUUGAAGUCUUCCCCCAGCCAGCGCCAUUGUGCUCGCUCCACCUACCACCAGUUCCUUGUGAGAUUUCAAUACAUAUGUAAAUAUUCAUCACAUUUGACCUACACUUGGCAACAUGUAGGGCCUUUGAGCGUCGGGCACUACUCGAUACAUGGGUGCCUACACAACAUAUAGUUGGAAAAUCGCAACUCCCCGACAUAUCUUUACGAUAGAUAAGCUCGAAGGGUGCACAACAUGAGGUUGAACUGAAUCCGAACCAGUUUUCGAAGCAUGUUCACGAAU